AUGGUUUUUCUUGCAAUGGUUUAUGAGGGAACUCAGAUUUCUCAAAACCAGGACAAUUCAACAAAUUCACCAAGAAUCAAACUAAGAGAUGGGAGGCACCUGGCAUACAUUGAAAGAGGCUUCCCUAAGGACAAAGCAAAAUACAAGAUCAUUAUUGUGCAUGGUUUUGGAAGCUCCAAAAGGAUGAAUUUUCCAAUACCCCAAGAAUUAAUAGAUGAACUAGGUAUAUAUCUUGUGCAAUAUGACAGAGCUGGAUAUGGAGAAAGUGAUCAAAACCCCAAAAACUCACUGAAAAGUGAAGCACUUGACAUUCAAGAACUUUCUGAUAAGCUACAAAUAGGAUCACAUUUUUAUGUAAUUGGAGUCUCAAUGGGUUCAUGUGCUACUUGGAGUUGCCUAAAGUAUUUUCCACAUAGGCUUGCAGGGUUAGCACUGAUAUCCCCAAUUAUCAAUUACAUGUGGCCUUCACUCCCUAAGAGUCUCAUAAGAGAGGACUAUAGGAGAAAAAUUGUUCUUUGGGCACUUUGGUGUGCAAAUUACUGCCCUACAUUAUUACAUUGGUGGGUCACUCAAAAGUGGCUCCCUUCAGUUGCUGUCAUAGAAAAAAACCCAACAUUCUUCAACAAAAAUGAUAUAGAAAUUUUGAAGACAAGUUCAAGGUUCCAAAUGUUCUCAAAGAACAAGUUAAGGCAAAAAGUUGUUUUUGGUACUCUUUGUGAUGAUUGGAAGGUGGCUUUUGGAAAAUGGGAAUUUGAUCCAAUGAAGCUAAGCAAUCCAUUCCCUCACAAUAGAGGUUCAUUUCACAUUUGGCAGGGAUAUGAAGAUAAGAUUGUACCCUCUGAACUCCAAAGAUUUGUUGCUGGAAAGCUUCCAUGGAUACAAUAUCAUGAAGUUCCAUAUGGUGGUCAUUUAAUUUUAUGCUAUAAGGGGAUGUGUGAGGCCAUUUUGAGGGCACUUUUACUUGGACAAGAAAAUCAUGCUUAUAGACUUAGUUCAUAUUUGUUAGUCAAAAAGUAA